AUGGACGUGAAUGAAGAUUAUGGAGAACUUUCUUCAAUAGCAAGGCAGGGGUCUGGAAGCGCAUGCCGCAGUAUAUACGGUGGGUUUGUGAAAUGGUGUAUGGGAAAAAAUGAUGAUGGAAGUGACAGUAUGCCAGUACAGCUUGUUGACGAAUCGCAUUGGUCUGAUCUGGUUAUAAUCAUAGCAGUGGUCAGUUCAAAGCAGAAGGAAACCAGUAGCACCAGUGGGAUGCGGGACACUGUUGAAACAAGCCCCCUCUUGCAGUACAGGGCCCAGACUGUAGUGCCAGGUCGCAUAUUGAAAAUGGAAGAGGCCAUCAAGAAUCGUGAUUUUGAAUCCUUUGCCAGGUUAACUUGUGCAGAUAGCAACCAGUUUCAUGCUGUAUGUUUGGACACGAGUCCUCCCAUCUUCUACAUGAAUGAUACGUCACACUGGAUAGUUAGCCUUGUGGAGAAGUGGAACCACUCGGAAGGAACCCCACAGGGAACAUAUAGUUCAGUUUGA